AAAGUCUAUAUAAAUCUCCACCAAGAAACUAGCUGUCAACUCAACAGUGUCAAUUUGUUAUUUUAAGUUCUUUCCACGUGUUCUGAAUUGUUGUGGUGUACAGUCUUUUUUGAAGUAAAAAUGGGCAAGAAAAAGAAGUCGGGGACUGAGAGCUCUUUGGGGCGUUCACUUAUAAAAGACCACGUUGGUAGCAGCAGAGGAAAAAAAAUGGUGUCUGAUAAUACUAUGCUGCAUACGACAGAAAUUCAGGAUGGUUAUGAUUGGGGGCGGUUAAAUUUACAAUCUGUUACUGAGGAAUCGUCUUUUCAAGAAUUUUUGUCAACUGCAGAAUUGGCCGGCACUGAAUUUCAAGCCGAGAAGCUUAAUAUUAAGUUUGUUAAUCCGAGAUCUAAUAUUGGGCUGCUGUCUGGAGACGAGAUUUCAAAAACCAGGGAUGCCCAUGAAAAAUACAAGGAGGAACUGAAGAUUCCAAGAAGACCACCAUGGAAUGCUGACACUACUCCAAAUGAACUAGAUAGGAAUGAAAAAAUACAUUUUUUGGAAUGGAGACGUUCGUUGGCCCAACUGCAAGAAACGGAAGGCAUCUUGUUAACACCUUAUGAGAAAAAUCUGCAGUUCUGGAGGCAGCUGUGGCGGGUAGUGGAACGCAGUGACGUAGUGGUACAGAUUGUAGAUGCAAGAAACCCUUUGUUGUUUCGCUGUGAGGACUUGGAAAAAUAUGUGAAGGAAGUUUCCGAAAAUAAGAUGAACCUCAUAUUGGUUAAUAAGGCGGACUUUUUAACGGAACAUCAACGAAUAUGUUGGGCAAAGUAUUUCUCCUCUCUUGGUGUUCGCGUUGUGUUUUUCUCUGCGUAUUUAGCAACUGAGGACGAUCAAAAUAAAAGUGACAAUGAUAGUGAUGAAGUGGAAUGUGAAAGUCCAAGUGAUUUUGAAGCAGUUGAGGAAGAAAACAAGAAGGAAAUUGACACCGAGGAAGAAAAGAUUGAUGAAAGUAUAGACGUGGAAGUGGUAAAACAUAAUAUCACUUAUUUAGAAGCAGCGGUGGAGGAAAAUGCAGACGUCCUUGGAAAAAUUCUGGAUAAAAUCGGUGAUAUUAUAGGAAGAGUCAAUUUAUGUGAGGAGAGCCCUGUAGAAAAUCCCAGUCGCAUUCUAACACGUACCGAAUUGAUUGAGUUAUUCAGAAACAUGCACAGUGGCCCCAAGGUGACAAGGAAUAUUACCACUAUCGGCCUAGUUGGUUAUCCAAACGUUGGCAAAAGUUCCACAAUAAACGCUUUGCUGUCCAGCAAGAAAGUGUCUGUUUCAGCCACCCCCGGUAAAACCAAGCACUUCCAGACCCUGUAUCUAGAGAAGGAUAUCCUACUGUGUGAUUGUCCGGGACUAGUGAUGCCUAGCUUCGUUUUCACCAAAGCCGAAAUGAUCUUGAAUGGUAUUUUGCCGAUAGAUCAGAUGCGAGACCAUGUGCCUCCCACUAACUUAGUCACCAGUUUGAUACCCCGUCACAUCAUCGAAGACAAAUACGGCAUCAUGCUUCCAAUUCCCAUGGAAGGGGAAGAUCCCGAUCGGCCUCCGACCGCUGAAGAGUUUUUAAAUGCAUACGCAUAUAAUAGAGGUUUUAUGACUGCCAACGGACAACCGGACGGUUCCAGAGCCGCCAGGUACGUUUUGAAGGAUUUCAUGAACGGAAAGCUACUUUAUUGCCACGCGCCACCUACCGUCGACCAGUCGGAGUAUUACACUUGGCCCGAGCGGCAAAAGGUACAUUCCGAGAAUAGAACCGUGCCUCCACUGGCAAUUCGAGCAGUAAAGCCUUAUCAAGCAACGACGGAGGAUAUAGACAAGAUAUUCUUUCAGUCCGGAGCGCAUGGUGUACACGCUAAGGGUAUCAGGGGAAAAGCAACGGGACUACCGAAGAAUGGGGAGGCACGCCAAUCGGAAGAGGAACCGACGAGCAAACCGUGGAAGCAGCAUAACAGGCACAAGAAUAAAGGGAAGAAGGAAAAGUUGAGGAGGGUUUAUGCGCACUUGGAUCAACAUUAGGCGGCUCGUUGAUAUUUUGUCAAUUCGGCAGGGAUUUUUUGUUGCCUCUCGGUUUAUUCGUUGCCUUUGUAGUCAGUUUUAAAGAAACUUAGUUUGAUAGUAGUAAUAAAUGUAGUCCAGCAUUGUUUUCAACAUUUAUUUUCUGCAUCGUCUGAACGUUCAAAUUUAAUUUUCAUGCAGGUGUUUUCUUGUUCACUGAUCUUGCUUUUUCCAUCAUUUUCUGUGAAAUUUAGCCGUGUGCAUAUGAGAAAGAAAGGUAUAUUUUUAUGUGGUUUUUGUGAAAUUGUUGAGAUUAAUUAACGUUUCAUUCUAAGAUUAGGUUUCCAAAAAGAGUAGUUUUAUUACGUCUUUUUUUUAUAUCGCUAUCGUAUGUGUAAGAACUAAGAAGUUGACACCCAUGUAUUUUAAAAACGUAAUUUAAAAAUAGGAAUUUGAUUUCUUUUUUAAACUGAAAACACUGGCAACAAAAAAUCCACGCCCGACGAGUCGAUAGAAGGAAAUAUAUUAUGGCCUUUAAGAAGCUUUUCUGUACAUUGCUUGUUUUAUGUACAAAAUGUCGAGAAAAUUGUGAGCUUCUUUUGUGUUACUUUUGUAUAUUAAAACGUAAAUUAUUGA